AUGAUGCAUUUCGCUUUAUUUCUUAUUUUUAUUGGUUCCUCACCAGCUUUUACUUUAAGCACUUUUGGAAAGAAAACCUCAAAUAUUUGCGCGUAUGACGAGUUUUCCUGUAAGAAUGGGGACUGCUUGGCUUUGGAAAAGGUCUGUGACGGUGUAAAAAACUGUAUUGAUGGCUCGGAUGAAGCUUUCUGCUCGGGAUCAUCAAUGUAUGAUGAAUCUUGGGAGAGUAACAGAGUGAAACGUCAGUCAAGUUGCCGCAAAAAUCAGUGGCAAUGCCGUGAUGGUACGUGUAUAGGAUUCGAUGGGAAGUGCGACGGUAUUGUCGACUGUCCCGACGGCAGUGAUGAAACUCAUCCGUUGUGUAGAAAAAUUCAAUGUCAAAGUAAUUGGUUUCGCUGUACGUACGGUGCGUGUGUGGACGGGACCGCCCCUUGCAAUGGGAUUCAAGAGUGUGCGGACAAUUCUGAUGAACUAUUGCCGAGAUGUCGCAAUGAAACUGAUGAAGUUCGAGGCCAAUUCAAAUGCCAGAACGGACAGAUGAUCCCCGCGUCGCAGCACUGCGACGGCGCGGUGGACUGCGCCGACGGCUCGGACGAGACGGUGCGCGCGUGCGCGGCGCGCGUCUGCCCCGCGUACGUGUUCCAGUGCGCGUACGGGGCUUGCGUGGACCAGGGGGCCGAUUGUGAUGGGAAACAAGACUGCGCCGACAAUUCCGACGAAUCAGACGAGCUUUGUAACCGAAUGUCGUCUGGGACGUCUAAACCAAUCGUUCCGACGAACAAACCCGCACCUCAAGGGGGUAAAUGCGUGUUACCACCUUAUCCUAAACACGGCAUGUAUACGGUGGGUGGGAACGCAAACGCGUUACCAGGACAAUCUUAUCCGAGUGUGUUUAUAAAUAUCACAUGCAAUCCCGGUUUUGGUGUCGAAGAUCAAAGAGAUUCUUUAUAUUGCUACGACGGUGUUUGGUCCGCGGACAUGCCUCAAUGUAUCCGUUUCUGCCGUCUGUACAAGCAUCCAAGUGUAGAAUAUAAGUGUAUUAUAACUGGAGCGAAUGGUUUCGAAGGUUCUAGAGAGUGUGGGGCCUUUGAACCCGCUGGUACUGUGGCAAGACCUGUAUGCAGAUCCCCCAAUUACUACUAUUCAGGGAUCCUAUCCCUCAUGCGAUGUAUCGAUGGGAGUUGGGACUAUGUAGCAGUUUGUAAACCAGAAUGCGGAACAAUAACUCCGGGUGGAAUGCAACUUAUCAUAGGCGGUAAAAUUGCCAGAAGAGGGGAACUACCGUGGCAUGCGGGAAUUUACACCAAGGUUACUACCCCGUACAUGCAAAUCUGCGGGGGUUCCCUCAUAUCUACGUCCGCUAUUAUAUCUGCCGCUCACUGCUUCUGGAGUGAUAUAACAAAAUUACAAUCGGCUACAAACUAUGCAGUAGCCGUGGGGAAAAUAUACCGUCCAUGGAAUAACCCGGUUGACGCUGAUGCCCAAAAAUCUGAUGUAGCUGAAAUAAAAAUACCCUCAAGAUUUCAAGGUGCUGCGGCAAAUUUCCAAGAUGAUAUAGCUCUAGUGUUAGUGGUCACACCGUUCAUACUGCAGGUGUUCAUCCGUCCUGUCUGCAUCGAUUUUGAUGUGAAUUUCGAUCGGCAGCAGUUGCAUGAAGGGAACUUGGGCAAGGUAGCAGGGUGGGGUCUUACCACCCAAAACGGUACAGCAUCCCAAAUUCUGAAAGUGGUGGAUCUUCCCUACGUGAAAGUAGAAGAUUGCUACGCGAGAUCUCCCAUCGAAUUUAGAGAGUACAUCACUAGUGACAAGAUAUGCGCGGGAUAUACUAAUGGAACGACUUUAUGUCAAGGCGACAGUGGUGGGGGUCUGGCGUUCCCUGCAUCGGAAUUGGGCACCCAACGUUAUUAUUUACGGGGUAUCGUGUCAACGGCUCCCAAAAACGACUUCUCGUGCAAUAUCGACGCCAUAACGACAUUCACCCAAAUAAUAAAUCAUGAACAUUUUAUUAGGCAACAGUUGAUAACC